UUUGUAGAAGAAUAAUGAAGGAGAAGUAGUCCAGAAGAAGGAAGGAGGAAAUGGCAACUUAACUGUUGUUCUGAAAUCUGAUUUUAAUUGUGAAGGCUGUGUUACUAAAGCUGUUAAAGCAGUUCGAAGUUUUGAAGGUGUGGAGAAAGUUAUGUGUGAUGCGGAUUCGAAGAAGUUGACAGUAAUUGGAAAAGUUGAUCCAGUGAUGUUGAGGGAGAAAGUUGAACAGAAAACACACAAGCAUGUUGAACUUGUCUCGCCGAUACCGAAAAAGGACGGCAAGGACGGCAAGGGAAAAGACGGUAGUGGUGGCGGUGGUGGUGGUGGUGGAGGAGAAGAGAAGAAGAAACAGAACAACAAGGAAAAUGAUUCAAAAAAGGAAAACAAAGGAGAAGACAAAAAGACUAAAGAGAAAGAGCCUCCUAUUACCACGGCUGUGCUGAAGGUGCAUCUUCAUUGUCAAGGAUGUAUCCAGAAGAUUCAAAAAAUGGUUACCAAAUUCAAAGGGUACAAGGAGAUGAAAAUAGACAGGCAAAAGGAUUUGGUCACUGUGACAGGGUCAAUUGACAUGAAGGAGUUGGCUGAGACAUUGAAGAAGCAUUUGAAGAAGGAAGUUGAAAUUGUGCCACAAAAGAAGGAAGGCGGGGAUAAGAAAGAGAAAGGCGGUGGUGACGGUGGUGGUGAAACCGGAAAAGGUGGUGGUGGAGGCAAAGGCAAAGGCAAAGGAAAGGGCGGGGAAGGAGGUGGCGAAGGGAAAGGGAAGCUGCAGGAUGAGGUAGUAGGCGAUGGCGGGUUUGGUGGUGGAGAGAUGAUAAUGCGUGGUAAUGUAGGUAAUGGGAUGCAGAUGAUGCAGCAACAAGUCCAAUUCGGGUAUCCAUACCCGUAUAUGUACGGGCCGGUUGGGUCAGUUGGACCUGUUGGACCGGUUUAUCCGGGUGACCAGUUUCAAAACCCGUACCCCGUAUCAGUUCAUGCCCCUCAGCUCUUUAGUGAUGAGAAUCCAAAUGCUUGCAGUGUUAUGUGAUGAUGAGAAUGGAAAAUAAUCAGAACUCUUUUUGCUGGAAGAUUAAGAUAGCAUUAGAGAAAUUAAAGCUGAAACUUGUAGAUAAAGAGAGGGGAUGGUGAUAACUAUUGCUCUAGUAGUAUUAAUUCUAAUAUGUGUAAUUAGGUUCUAAAUAUCGUUCAAAUGUUCUAAAAUUAGAUAAUGAUUGUUAGUAGCUUUUAAGAUGGCCUUUCCACUGCUAGUUGUGGCUUAGUUCUGAACUUGUAGAAUUUCUUUUGUUUCAAAUUUUGUAUGUUAAUUUAGUGAACGACUCUCUAAGGUUCAGUUGAA